AUGCAGCCCGCGUUUGAUUCUAGGACGUUCGACGGCCUCCCUGCGGAUGACUAUCGGCGGACGUAUCAGCCGGACAACUUUCCGAACAUCGUGAAGCUCGCAGACGGCCUCGCUGCGCUCGCGAGGAAGCGCCGCGCCACUGCGGGCCAGGUCUCGCUCGCGUGGCUGCUCGCGCAGGGAGAGGACAUUGUCCCCAUCCCUCGGACCACGAACAUUCCCAACCUGAAGGAGAACCUUGGGGCAUUGGACGUCAAGCUGAGCCCGGAGGACGUGCAGGAGGUGCGGCGGAUUGCGCAGGCGAUGGAUGCGACGCAUGGUGAUCGCUACCCGACGGACCGCAUGCAGUACCUCUUCGCGGACACCCCGCCGCUGCAGAAGUGAGCUGCGCGUUCGAGUCGGCGGCUGUGGUUGUUGAUGUGUAAAGUAGCCUUCUGUUUGCACGGGCUUCUCUCUAGAUCUCGGGAAUCCAACCACUUC